UCCGGUUGUUGGAGGCAAGGAAAUGAGAGGUACUCGGCAGCAGUGACUUGUUGCUAUAAAGUCUGCUGUGUGUGGCGUAAACAUUGCUACAAGAACAGAACUGUAGUGAACCUGUCCGGAUACACUUGUUUGGUACAAUGAUGAACCGCUGUGGUCUGCUAACUCUCCAGAAGAUACCAGUUCCUCUGAAGAGCAUUGAGGUGGAGCUGGAGGUGAGGGACCAUGUGGCUACAGUGGUCUCCACUCUGAACUACGAGAACAAGGAGGACAAACCAUUAGAGGCUGUUUUUGUCUUCCCUCUGCCUGGAGAUGCUGCUGUCUGUCAUUUCAGUGCUCAGAUUGGACAGACACAGAUUGUAGCUGAGGUGAAGGAAAAACAGGAGGCUAGUGAGGAGUAUGAUGAUGCUCUGAGCUCCGGUCAGCAGGCCUUCCUAUUGGAGGAGAGUGAUGAGAGUCCAGAUAUAUUCUCUCUGCGUGUGGGCAGUCUGCCUCCAGGAGAGAGCGCCUCCAUCAGGUUGGAGUACAUCAUUGAGCUGGCUGUGCAGGCUGAUGAUGGUCUGAGGUUCUGUCUGCCUGCUGUGCUCAACCCUCGAUACCAACCUCAGGGUAGUGAAGGUGCAGGUGUCCAGGUGACUUCUGUUCCAGCCUCUCUGGUGCCCUACAGUCUGUCUUUUUCUGCCCGAGUGUCCUCUCCUCGUCCAAUCUCUAAAGUAGAGUCCAACUGUUCCCUGGACCCUCUGCAGUACCUCAACACUGAUCAAACCCAGGCCACGGUCAAGCUGGCUGCAGGACACAAGUUUGACAGAGAUGUUGAACUGCUGAUUUAUUACAAAGACGCCCACCAGCCCACUGCUGUGGUGGAGGCAGGACAGGCCUCUGCUGAGCCGGGCUCUCUGAUGGGUGAUCCGGUGGUGAUGGUGAGUCUGUACCCUGAGUUUCCCCAGUCUGUGAUGUCUUCAACGGCUUCAUGUGGAGAGUUUGUGUUCGUAGUGGAUCGAUCUGGAAGUAUGGACUGUGCUACCAAUUACAGUGAGCAGCAGGAAUCUCGGAUGAGCAGUGCCAGGGAUACUCUGCUGCUCCUGUUGAAGAGCUUACCACUGGGCUGCUAUUUCAACAUUUACAGUUUCGGGUCCAGAUAUGAACACAUCUUCCUUAAGAGUGUGGAGUACAGCCAGCAGACCAUGGAGGAGGCUCUGAAGAAGGUUGGGCAGAUGGAGGCUAAUCUUGGUGGAACAGAGAUCCUGGAGCCCCUCAAACAUAUUUAUAGCCAGCCCUGCUUUCCCAAUCAGCCCAGACAGCUUUUUGUCUUUACUGAUGGAGAGGUGGGGAACACCAAAGAAGUGAUCGAUCUGGUGAAGAAGAAUUCAGGUUCUCACAGGUGUUUCUCUUUUGGGAUUGGGGAAGGGGCCAGCUCUGCCCUCAUUAAUGGGAUGGCCAAGGAAGGAGGAGGUCACGCUCAGUUCAUCACAGGGACUGACAGGAUGCAACCAAAAGUGAUGCAGUCGCUGCGAUUUGCUCUGCAGCCAGCUGUGGUCGACAUCUCAGUCACAUGGGAUUUACCAAAGGAAGUGUCUGUCACUGUCCUCUCUCCACCAAUCACAACACUUUUCCAGGGUCAGAGCUCACUGAUUUAUGCCCAGCUCACUGGACAGAGCUCAGAGGCAGCAGAGGGCUGUGUGACGCUGAAGUACAGCCUGGCAGGUCAUCCCUCUGAGAACCAGCUGCACUUCAGUCUCAGACCUGCAGAGGACACUGGACUAACAGUCCACAGGUUGAGUGCUCGGACUCUCAUUCGCUCCCUGGAGAUGGAGGAGAGAGAUCGCAGAGGACAGCAAGAUGGAGGAGUGAAGGAGAAGGUGGUGCAGCUCAGUGUCCAAUCAGGAGUGAGCAGUUCGUUCACUGCCUUUAUUGCUGUCAACAAAGACAACAGCGAAGUGAUUCAAGGACCUCUUGUGCGCAGAAAUAUUUCAACAGCCCGUGCUUACACAAUUUUAAAGGGUUCAAGACCACGUACGACAUUACGUGGUGCUCCAAGUAAGUGUAAAUCCAAGGAAGGAUUCUUCAGGAGGAAAGAAAAACAAAAGGUAAUGGAAAAUGCAGACCCAAGAAGAAUGAUGCCAGACAAAGCACGAAGGAAAUCAGCUGUGCCUGAGCAGCCACCCAGAGACCCUUUGCUGCAGUUAGUCUCCCUGCAGGAGGCGUCUGGCUGCUGGCUGCUUGAUCCAGCUCUGGCUGCUGCACUGGGAAAGACCAAUGAGGAGGUGGAAAAGUCAAAGCCUGAAAAGGCCAGCAGUGAAGUGUGGGCCACCAUUCUGGCGCUGAUCUGGCUUCAUGGUUUCAAGAUGGAUGCAAAGGACGAGUGGGAGCUUCUGGCUAUGAAGGCUGCCUCAUGGCUCCGUGCUCAGAAUGCACCAUGUGUGUCAGAGUGUGUGGAUGCUGGAAAUGUCCUGCUGGGUUGCAGCGUGAAGAAAGAAGCUCUGGGACUCUGAGGGUUUUCUUAAAGUAGCUUCAUCUUCAGAGUGAAUAGAAGCAGGUCUACUUACUCCACACUGCCUUUGAUACAGAGCUGUUUUAUAUCAUCAACCCCUUUUACAUGUUUAUUUGUUAUGGAAUGAAAAUUGCUAUAUAUUUUUUGUUGUUAAUUGGUAUUUGAAAUUACGUAAUUUUCGUUUUAUCAUUGUGAAAAAAGUGUGUGCACAAUUAUCUGAAUACUGUUUUACUGUGUUUUAAUUCCCUUUCUCUGCCACUAGAUGGCGAUUAUGCUCAUGCUUUUACUUAUUUCACACAGAAACACCAAAACCAAUCUAAGAAGUCUUUUCCCUUCCUGUUAUAGUUCUGAAAAUGGCUUCAGUUCAGGACAUUUUCAAAAUGGUCCUCAGUGAAUUGGAGUGAAUAGAGCAAAACAUUUAAAAUAACUAUUUACAGUGUUUACACCAUCUUCUAAACAAAAAAGUCUAUCCUAGCUUUUCUUUUUAAAAAGUAAUAUUUUUAUGGCCAAAUUGAAAUGAAACCAUACAGAACAUCAUUCUGUUUCUCUCACAGGAGUUACAAUUUUAUCCAUAAAACACUUUCAUUCUGCUAAUUGACACUGAUUGGUCCUUGAACGUCUUAAGACAGCACAUAGUCUUCAUUCAUGUUUGCUUACUUAUGAUUGUAGUUGGAGUUGAAUCUGAAAUUUCAAAAACUUCCUGUUUUGUAAUGACUUUUGUUAUGGAAAAAUUCUAGUUUAUCCUCACAUUUAGAUUCAUGUGUUUAGAAUCUUACUGUAUGAUUCUUGUAUAACCUUUGCCUACUUAAGAUGAAGCAAGUAUGUGUCAGUAUGACCUUGCUUAGCUAUGCCUAACGAUGUUUCACUAUGUUAUCUGCCAACUUUUUUGCUCAGAGGGAUGAAGCUCAGGGCCAGCGCCAGGUGCAGGCCUGGGAAAGAAUUGUGGGAGUCUUCUCUGUUCAGCAACAGCCCAUGUUGGACAAAAGACUAUUGACUAUGUGCACGAGAAAAUGCUAA